UUUGUUGCGGUCUUUUGAGACCCCUUUCGCCUCGCAUGCGUCAGACUCCCUGAUGAAUCGUCCUUGCCAUUAACCACCUUACUCGGAUACCUCCGGCAUGGAUCCGGAAGCAGCUUGACUUUGUCACUUAUCAUUUCUGCAGUUGAUUGUUUUGAUUUUCAGCUCAAGAACAGAAUCAAUAUUCGGGCAGGAUGGUACUCCGUAUCACCACGUGGAAUGUCAACGGCAUCAGGUAUGAUUGCUUCAGAUGAGCGAUGAUAUAUGUCUGUUCUAAAACAUGUCCACAAGAAACCCGUUUGGCUAUCAACCAUGGAGCACCCAACGAACAUUCCAGACAAUGUUUGAAAUCCUGGAGGCAGACAUUGUGAUUAUGCAGGAGACAAAGAUACAGCGCAAAGACCUUGGCGAUGACAUGGUUCUCGUCCCCGGCUGGGAUGUCUUCUUCAGUCUCCCAAAAUACAAGAAAGGAUACUCUGGCGUUGCGAUCUACACUCGCACUGCCACGUGCUGUCCAAUCCGCGCCGAGGAGGGUAUCACAGGCAUUCUCACACCUCCCAACUCAUCCACCAGCUUCCGCGACCUGCCUGAGGCCCAGCAGAUCGGCGGCUACCCACGACCGGGCCAGCUGCCAGGCGAGGUGGACGAGGCGACGCUCGACUCCGAGGGACGCUGCGUUAUCCUUGAGUUCCCAGCCUUUGUCCUGAUCGGCACCUACAGCCCCGCAACGCGUGAUUCGUCGCGUGACUCGUUCCGGUUAGGGUAUCUCAACGCCCUUGACGCGCGAGUGCGGAACCUCGUGGCGGCAGGGAAGCAAGUCAUUCUGACGGGGGACCUGAAUGUGACUCGUAACGAAAUUGAUACGUGUAAUGUCAGGGAGGCGCUGCGCAAGGAGGGCAUGUCGGUGGAGGAGUGGAUGGAGUCCCCGAGUCGACGAUUGUUCAACCAUCUGGUCUUUGACGGGCAGGUUGCCGGCCACAGGGACGAAGGAAGAGAAACGCCAGUGCUAUAUGACUUGACGCGGGUCUUUCAUCCCACACGACAGGACAUGUUUACCUGCUGGGACACGAAAAGAAACAUGCGGCCGGCCAACAACGGUAGUCGAAUCGACUACAUCCUCUGUUCCGCCGGUAUCAAGGACUGGUUCACGGACUCCAACAUUCAGGAGGGCUUGAUGGGAUCGGAUCACUGUCCCGUAUACGCAAUCCUUGGCGACACGGUUAAAGCCAACGAUAAAGAUGCAUCUGUGCUGGACCUCCUGAACCCCAACGGCAUGUUUUGGGACGGCAAGCGGCUCAGAGAGUGGUCGGCCAAAGACCUGCUCCCCUUGUCAGCCAAGCUCAUCCCUGAGUUCGAUCGCAGGCGGAACAUCCGCGAUAUGUUCAUGAAAAAGCCCGUCGCAAAACCCUCACCAAGCCAGACUUCGAGUGCUAUUAAGUCGCAGAGUAUCAUGUCCAACGAGCCGCCCACGCUUCAAGAACAAGAUGAGCCAGAGCCCUCCCAACAGGAUACUCCAGAACCAUCAGCUUCCCAAGCAUCCGUCCAGUCCAACCCUGGCAUUCCGUCACUCGUCCUUAUGAAUGCAAAACCAGCGUCUUCGCAACCGAAUUCUCCCGUAAAACGGCCACUAGAAACGGCGGCGCCAACGAGACGUCUCGCAAAAAAGACAAAAACCAACGAAGCCGAUUCUUCCAAGCAGAGCACCCUCACAGGCUUCUUUAAACCCAAGCAACCGUCCUCAAAACCGACUCCCGCUAAGCCCGACGCGACGGAGGCAAUUCAGUCAUCGCCCAUGAAUAAUAAAAGCGGUGUUGUAGCUGCAGCGUCAAACGCCCUGGCACCACCGGCCCCUUCCCCUUCGCCCUCGGCGUCGACGUCCUCUUCCGCCGCCGCCACGGUAUCUGCGCUCGACGCCUUAGAAAGGGUGUUUGACCCCAUCGAGGCCAAGGAGUCUUGGUCCAAGUUUAACCUGGGGAAGAGGGUCGUGCCUAGGUGCGAGCAUGGAGAGCCCUGCAUCAUCCUUCAAACCAAAAAGCCGGGCGUCAAUUGUGGCAGGUCGUUCUAUAUUUGCGCCCGUCCCCUCGGAAGGUCGGGAGAAAAAGAGAAGGGGACGGAGUGGAGGUGCGGAACCUUCAUCUGGAGCAGCGACUGGAAGAAAGAGCAGUCUUAGAUGCGUUAUCUUGCUGCCCCCACUUUCUUCGCCAUUACGAUGGGGUUAUGUGGUUUCGGGGUAGCUGAAUUGCUUCUGAUUAUUUUUCAAGAUAGUUGUUUUGGGGGCCGCACAAUGACCAACGCCUCAUAGCAACGAGAUAUGAACAUGACGACUCCACCAACGCUGUCCCUCCCUGGUAUUCCAAAAACACUAAACAAAGAUUGCACUUAACUUUGCAAAUUAUUCGACCUUUCUACAAGCAUAUGGAAAACGACGGCUGCCCCCCUGUUUGUUGAGCAUAUUUC